GGUGAAGAAGUUCAAAAUGACAUGAACUACUCUAAUGGAAGAGAGUAUCCCAUGUUAUUUUGUACUCCUUCACCACUGGGUGGUCUGGUCUCUGAUGAAUAACAUUGCAUUUUUUGGUAUUUCAUCGUCAUUGACAUCUUUUAACAAUUUUCCUAUUUUAUUUAACUAUGAACAAGAAGACCAAACCAUUUUCUUUAGCCCAGUUUUAAUUUCCCACAUAUCUCAGCCUUGUUCAAUAACUCGGAUAUAAGACAAUAAUGGCAAGCGAAAGAAAUGGGGGUAAAGUUAAAUGGGUUUGGUGAGGUCAACUCAAUCAAUUCCAUUUCAUUUUCUGUAUAAAGCCCUUGCAGCUUCUUCCAGAGUUAGAGUGCCACUGUCUGGUCUACAAUCUCAUUUGGGUCCGUACCCUUUUCGUCAAAGUUCAAAACUUUUUAUAGGGAUUUUCAGAAUAAGCAUGUUUUUUUAUGCUCUUCAUCAUCUGCACUUGGAAAUUGGAGGUUAGUAGUUAGAGCGGUCGCCACUCAAAGAGCAUCACCAACAAAUAUGGUUAAGGCCAUUAGGGUUCAUGAACUUGGUGGACCUGAGGUAUUGAAAUGGGAAGAUGUGGAAAUAGGAGAACCAAAUGAGGGCGAGAUUCGUGUGAAAAACAAGGCCAUUGGUCUUAAUUUCAUUGAUGUGUAUUUCCGCAAUGGGGUUUAUAAGGUUGCUGGGUUUCCCUUCACUCCAGGUGUGGAGGCUGUUGGGGUUGUGACAGCAGUUGGACCUGGACUAACAGGCAGGCAAGUUGGUGACCUUGUAGCUUAUGCUGGUGGGUCAAUAGGCUCAUAUGCUGAAGAGCAGAUCCUUCCUGCAAAUGUAGUUGUUCCUAUUCCUUCCUCUGUUGAUCCCCUUAUUGCAGCAUCUGUCCUUGUCAAGGGCACGACGACUCAGUUUCUAGUUUCCCAUUGUUUCAAGGUUGAAAAAGGACGUACAGUUCUUGUUCCAACUCUCUACUUGUAAAGAAAGAAUUCCAUGGGUUGGUUGUUAUUGUGCAUUUUGUAAGAAAGAAUUGUGCUGGGAUGACUGCUAGUGUUUGCACUAUUCCAUAUGGGUUAAAUAUACAAAUUUCUAUGCAUGUUAUCCAUGCGGAGCGAUAAUAGAAAGUUUAUUACAUGGAAUUCGGAAAUUCACAA